UAUUUUGACUUUACAAAUUAGGAACUUGGGAACACAAAAUAUUGAUUAAAAUGGUAUUAUUUAAAAAUAACUAACUUCUGAAUCAUUGUCUCUGCUGAUUGGCUAGAGAUCUGUUUAAUCCUUCCUUGGAAAAUAAAAAAACAUAAGAAAUGGCUAGUUCAAAGUCCAAAUUCUUAUUUUAUGUAUGUAAAGUGUUCAGGUUGCAACAAGAUUUCCACAGUUCUCAGCCAUGCUCAGCGGUUCUUUGUGUAGGUGACACUGUUGUACCAGCCUAUAAGAGGAAAGGCCAAACUCACAGAAGGUUGUUCAUUUAGAAGAAGAAACUGUUAAUGACGUACAACUUCCUGAAUUUGUGUUUUCUCACAAAAGCCUUAUAAGUUCAGUAUUUCUAGUUACCCUACCAAGAUAAUGUGAUUAUGUUUGAUCUCCA